AUGUCUUGUGCUUUCUCGUUGUCUUUUGGCCGUUGUGGCCUCAUAGUUUAUUCUCUUUUGUCACAUUGCCGAAGUAUGCUGGAAUCGAAUGAAUAAAAUAUUUAUUGAGCACAUGCAUCGAGUUACUAAAGUUUGAUGCUAAUAAGCGAUUUUUAUUUCUGCUCCAUCAAAAUUUUCGCCGUGAGAAGCAAUAAAAAGUUUACUUUUUCUGAAGCGAAACUUCUUUACCAUUUUAAUUUUCAAUUUUUUUUUUCAAAUGAAAGCUGAGUAUUCAUUUUCAGUUUUAUUCAACUUUCUCCAUUAACAAGUUUAGACCUUACUCCAGAUUUGGAGUUUAAGCAGUCACUUUGAACACGAUCACGAGGGUAAUUUUCCGUUUGUCUUUCGGAACGAUUUUGUGAUAUGACGUUGAUUUUAUAUAGGACUACUUCAAACUUUUAUCUACUUUUAGAUCGUUCCAAAAUGUAUCACUUGAAAAGCUAAAAAGAAGUUAUAGACGAUUCACGGCUAGCUUGGGACGCAAAAAGGCGUGGCCUGUCUGCACUCUCCACUAACCAGGGCACUGUCUCGUCUCUUUUCGUGACAGGACCCUUUUCUCGAUGGCUCAAGCCAGCCGUGAAUCAGCUAUAUCUUCGGCCUCGAGCUCUAAAUAUACAUCAAAAUUUAAAAAUAUUUCUUUUUCCUCCACCCACUGCUUUUGAAAAUUUUUGAGCACCUUUUUUUGAGUAUCUGAAAAGCCAGAAGUAGAAAAAAAGCCGUGUUCAAGGUUUAAAAUAACAAACUACAGCGAAGGUUGAGAUGGACAUUGUCUGCUUGAUUUCUGGCGGGAAAGACAGUUGCUACAACAUGAUGUGUGCCGUUAACGAUGGACAUCGGGUCGUCGCUUUAGCUAAUUUACAUCCUGCCGAAAGCUCCUUUGAACUCGAUUCGUAUAUGUAUCAAAGCGUUGGAGCAGAAGGAAUCGAGGUAUCUUUUUGCAACUUUAUAAUCGACAAUGCAUUCCGUUGACAAAAGAAAGACCAUUCGAUCUUGCACACUGUAGGUUUAAAUUGUGCAUUCACCGCCACGCGGUUCUUGUGCGAUAUAUUCGUUACUAACGAGUUUUUUUGUACGAAAAAGUAGGUAAAUUUUGAGAAAAACUCAAUUAGAACCUUCAAAGAAACAAUUUAAGUUUUUUUCAAACUAGAGAAAAAAUGGUCUAGUAUGGCCAGCGGCGACGAGGCAGUGGAAACCGAACGGGCCUUUGUAGGCCUGAGAUGGUGUGAAAAACCGUAUUUCGCGUUUUAAUCUCUGAUUGGCUGGUAAUACUGGAAAUUUUCGAGGUACUGCAACCCAGUCAAUAAAUCGUAAACUGAGCACUUGUAGAGCUGAAAAAACUGAGAAGUUCAUAAGGUGGAAAGCAAAAUUUAUUAGCUGAUAUGAAUCGAAAGCAGAAAAUGAAAGAAGACCUCUGGCGCACGCGCCACCUUUGCAUGAGUAAAAAAACGCCGUGAAAUUGCAGCUAUAUAGUGAGGCGAUGGGUGUCCCGCUCUAUCGUAAAGCUAUCAAAGGAACUCCCAAGAACAUUGAAGCGACUUAUGAGGUAAUGACCCUCUCAAAAAUUUUUUAUUUUUUCUCUUCUAGGAAACAUCAGGCGAUGAGGUUGAAGAUUUGUACGAGUUGCUGCAAGAAGUAUUAAAAUCACACCCCUCCAUCAAAGGUGCUUUUCUCUGUCUUAACAAACUGAAAACUCAAUUUUAGGCGUUUCCGCAGGCGCCAUCCUCUCAAGCUAUCAGACGGAUCGAGUAAAGAACGUUUGUGUGCGCUUGAAUUUAACUCCACUGUGUUACUUGUGGGGACGAGACCAGAAUGUGAGAGAAAAAGGAAGCAUACAUUUAGCUGAUUCACGGCUGGCUUGAGCCAUCGAAAAAAGGUUCUGACACGAUUAUAAGAAAGAGGCUGGCUGGUAGAAAGCGCAAAUAGGCCACGCCUCUUAGGUUCCCAAGCUAGCCGUGAUUCGGCUAUACCUACAGCAUGAACAAGGUCCAAUAAGGGUUCAUGGCUUUUCAAAAAAUCAAAAAGGAGUUCAGAGCUUCUACAUUGAGCUUUCUUUCAAAUUCAGGGACCUUUUCAAUAAACUUGUCUUCCAUAAGAAUUUGGAAAGCUCGAUUUUGACUUUGUCAGUUGAUUAAAAUCAGUGUUGUGAAAAAGCUUAUCAAUAAGAUAAUAACUAUUCUGUUCAGGAACUUUUGGAAGAGAUGAUCGAAAGCAAAGUCGACGCAAUUCUGAUAAAAGUUGCCGCCUUAGGCUUGAACUCAAGUCACCUGGGCAAAACUCUGACAGAAGUUCGGAUAUUGAUAUUUUCCUCAGUCUUAAAGUGAUUUCAGAUGGCACCACUGAUGAAAACUCUUCAAGAGAAAUACGGUGUUCAUCCAUGCGGCGAGGGUGGCGAGUUCGAAUCUUUCGUUCGCGACUGUCCCUUGUUCAUUAAGAAAAUCGUGGUGGACAAGUUCGAGGUUUGACUUUCCAAUAGAACGCUGCCCACCAUUCAUUUCUAGAUCGUUAAACAUCAAGACAGUCCCUUCGCGCCGGUAUUCUUUUUACGGUUAACAGAGCUUCACUUGGAAGACAAGUGA